CAAAGAUCCAAUGAGAGACCCGCAAACAUCCAACCCGACCCGGUUAUUUAUAAACCCUGCGAUUUAGUUAGGGUUUUGUUUUAGCUUCUUUGUCCACCUGAUUCGUCUCUGCAAUGGUAUCCAAAAACAGAGCUAAGAAGCUGUUGGAGAAAAGUGAGGUCAAAAACGGCGUGAAAAUGGAGAAGGAAGAAGCUAAAGAGCACAUUGGCACCUUGAAAAAACUUCAUGAGAAGGAUCCUGAAUUCUAUGAAUUUUUGAAAGAACAUGACAAGGAGCUUUUGGAUUUUGAUGAAGAGGAUUUGGAUGACAAUCUUCAAACUGAUGCUGAAGAUGAAGACGAAGACGAAGAUGAAGAAGUUGAUGACGAUACUGCUGAGUAUAGUGAUCCUGAAACUGCAACGGAGGAAGAGCCUUCAACUAAUGUGAUAACUAGUGCAAUGGUUGAUUCUUGGAUCGAAGCAAUCCGUUCCGAGUCUAAAUUAGCAGCUGUUCGCUCAAUUCUGAAGGCAUUCCGGAGUGCUUGCCAUUAUGGCGAUGAUAGUGGCGACGACCCUGCAGCAAAGUUUAGCACGAUGUCAAGCAGUGUUUUCAAUAAGAUAAUGCUGUUUGUCUUGAACGAAAUGGAUGGGAUUCUUCGAGGAAUCUUGAAAUUCCCAUCCUCAGGGGGAAAGGAUGAGAUGGUUAAGGAACUUAUGGCUACGAAGCGAUGGAAGAAAUACAAUCUUUUGGUGAAGUCGUAUCUUGGAAAUGCUCUGCAUACGUUGAACCAAAUGACCGAUAAUGAAAUGAUUGCAUUUAUGCUAAGGCACCUGAGAUACUCGUCCGUAUUUUUGGCUGCUUUUCCUGCUCUUUUGAGGAAGUACAUUAAGGUUGCGCUUCAUUUCUGGGGUACCGGGAGUGGUGCACUGCCGGUUGUCUCCUUUUUGUUUCUGAGAGACUGUUGCAUACGCCUCGGCUCUGACUGUCUGGAAGAUUGCAUCAAAGGGAUGUAUAAAGCCUAUGUCUUAAAUUGCCACUUUGUUAAUUCGACAAAAUUGCAGCAUAUCCAAUUUCUUGGUAAUUGCUUUGCUGAACUUCUUCGGGUGGACAUUCCAGCUGCGUAUCAGCAUGCUUUUGUUUACAUUCGGCAGUUAGUAAUGAUACUAAAGGAAGCACUCUUUUCUCCAACGAAAAAGAAAAAUAACAGUAAAGGGAAGGAUGAGCCUUCAAAGAAAGACAAGGGGAAAGAAGCACGUUCCAGUUCUUCAAAUAAGGAAAUUUUUCGAAAGGUUUAUCAGUGGAAGUUUAUAAAUUGCCUGGAGCUAUGGACUGGAGUUGUUUGUGCAUAUAGCAACGAAGCUGAUUUGAAACCACUUGCAUACCCGUUGACACAGAUCAUAACUGGGGUAGCUCGUUUAGUUCCCUCGGCUUGUUAUUUCCCACUUAGAUUGCGUUGUGUAAGAAUGCUCAACCGGAUCAGUGCAUCAACGGGUUCAUUUAUUCCCGUAUCUCUACUUCUGCUGGACUCGCUAGAGUUUAAAGAAUUGCGUAAACCUCCUACCGGGGGAGUAGGCAAAGCCGUUGAUUUUAACUCGGUCCUAAAGGUUAGCAAAUCCACCUUGAAGACCCGAGCAUUUCAGGAGGCCUGUGUUUUCUCUGUGGUUGAGGAACUUACCGAGCAUCUUGCUCAGUGGAGUUACUCUAUUGCGUUCUUGGAAUUGUCUUUCAUUCCUGGUGUCCGGUUGCGAAACUUCACUAAGUCCACGAAGGUUGAUAGGUUUCGUAAAGAAAUUAGGCGUCUCACUCGCCAGAUUGAUGCGAAUUCCGAUUUUGUGAAUAAGAAGCGAACCACAGUUGCACUCUUGCCAAAUGACACUGCGGCAGAAUCUUUCCUUGAGGACGUGAAACACUCAGGCACGAGCCGCCUGUCCCAGUAUGCUGCCACACUACGCCAGAGAGCCCAGGAAAGGAGCGGCGCUUUGACUGAAUCCAGUGUGCUCAUUGGAGAUAAAUCAUCCAAAUUCGGGAGCAAGAUAUCAAGUGACGAUGAUGAGCAUGAUGAUUCUGACAUGGAAGAAAAUGCCAGUGCUAUGCUCUCUAAUCACUAUUCCAAGCAACAGAAAAGUGUCAACAAGAAGAGUAGUACUACUAAGCACACAGAAGAUAUGGCUUUGGAUGAAGAUAUCGUUGAGGACUUGGUUCUCAGCUCUGAUGAAGAUGCUCAGUUGAGUGACAGUCCCGAUGAAGAUGACGAUGAUGAUGAACCUGAAGAUGACCAGCAGGUACGGAGCAGCAGCAAGAAACGGAAACAUGGUGUGGAUAUGCACAAAGGGAAGGAAAACGGUGGAAAUAGAAAUUCGAAGAAGAAGAAGAAGAAGAAGAAGAGGAACACACACGGUAGGUAAAACAUACAUCUUCGUUGCAGAUGCAAUUUGGAUGUUUUUGGAGAAGAAGAAAUCUGAAUUAAACUAAUAUCGAAAAUGCAUUCGAUUAUGAAUGUGGAUUGUGUUUUGGAGGGAGUUGGUAAGCAAAUGUUUCUUGAAUGUGAUCAAACAGAACUAGUUGGUGUAAUAUCAAUUUUGAUUAUGGAUUUUGAGAUUUUAGGAGAUUUUGUAAAUAGGAUUGGAUGAAUAGAGCUGUGUCCAAUUCUAUAUGAUUUAAUUGUAUCAAAAAAUUGAUAGAUUUGUAGAAAAUCUGUUUUGAGUUUUA